GAAAAUGGCGUAAUGAAAGGAAACGAGUACGGGCAGCGAGCAGAUCAAGUUUUCAGAGGUAAGAUGUUUAAACAUACGGGAAACUACCACUGACCGACAUGAAACAGAGAUAAACUGCAGUCGUUCAUGUAGGCGAGUCCUACGCGAUCAGCAUGGGGAACACGAGCAGCGACAGGGGCGGCGCGGGCGAUAAAGCGAGCAGACGAGAGAUCCGAGCCGGUAAAGAUGGAGCUCGACCCAAGAUUUUGCUGGACAGCGUGGAGGAUGGAGACAUCUUCCAAACAGACGAUGCUAAGGAAUUUCUAGCCUGGCAACAAGAUCAGGAAUUAGAGACUAAAGUCCCACCAGAGGAAAUACCCACCGUCUUCCGUUGGAGCGGUCAAGGAAAAGAGAUCUACUUGUCUGGCUCCUUUAAUAACUGGGCCAGCAAAAUCCCCCUGACUAAGAGUCAUAAUAAUUUUGUUGCAAUUGUUGAUCUGCCGGAGGGUGAGCACCAGUAUAAAUAUUAUGUGGAUGGAAACUGGAUAUUAGAUCCCAAGGAGGCCAUUGUGACCACUAAGUCAGGUGUGGUGAAUAAUCUUGUUAAAGUGAGGAAAACCGACUUUGAGGUAUUCGAUGCCCUGAAAACAGACUCUGAGAAAUCUGCAGAAAUGUCAGACUUGUCUAGUUCUCCUCCUGGUCCAUACCACCAGGAUCCCUACAUCAAAUCAGAAGACAGACUACGCACCCCUCCCAUCCUCCCUCCACACCUGCUGCAGGUGCUCCUUAACAAAGAUACUGGGGUCUCUUGUGACCCCACCCUGUUACCUGAACCAAACCAUGUGAUGCUCAACCACCUUUACGCCCUUUCCAUUAAGGAUGGCGUAAUGGUUCUCAGCGCUACACACCGCUACAAAAAGAAGUAUGUGACCACACUGCUGUAUAAGCCUAUAUGAUCACAAUCCACCUGACCGUAAUGGUCUUAUGCACUCAAUGUUUCCUAUUGAAGAAAGGGACCAAGCACAGCAAUACUCGCAUGUCUGCGUGAGAAAAUUUGUGAAUUUUCAAGUGGGCAGGUUGCUUGUGGAUCUGAGAGGAAACCAUAAACAUAAUACCCAGUGCUUGCACGCACAAUGCAAUGCAUUUGCCAAAAUGUAAAAAUAUGAUUUCUGUCUUCUCAUCAAGAAAGUUUUUUUUAGACAUUGAGGAUCUCAUGUGUUAAAAGAUUUUGACAUUUAUGUGCCUUAAUCUGGCUUUAAACAUACCUUCAAAAAAAUAAGAUCAAUUUAAAUGGACAAUUGUCAUAGUUAAAUGCACAUUAAGAUUCAUCUUUAGUUUUAUUUGUGUAUCAUUGUACUGUGAAACUACAGUCAUGAAGAGUUUUUGAAAGUCAUUUUUAUUUAUCAUAUAUGAACACAAAAUCACAGGCUAAUAAAACAAUUCAGAAAUGGUAUUUAAACUUGAUUCACUUUUUCUUUUUUACGUUUAAACUAAGCCUGAAUGCUGAUUCGGAUAGAAGGUGUAGUGGAGUCCAUGCCUCAACGGUUCAGGGCUGUUUUGGUGGCAGACUCAGACAGGAUUACAGUAAUUUACAGCCAUUUACUGUAUUUACAUUUACUUUCAAAAAGAUAAAAGUGUGUCAUGAAUAAAAAUUAAGUACUUCUCUUUU